UCUCCUGGUUUUAGUCUUCAAGCGACGCUGGCAGCACUCAUUGCGCCUUGCAGAAGCACGCCAGACACCAUUACCCACCGCAAACAACGCACAAGUGUCUCUCGACCCCCAAAACCAGCGCAAAAAAUAACUAUCGCAGUAAAAAAUUUGAACCCCGAGGAAAUGAGCGUCAGUAAUCGCGCGUUACACAAUCACUCGGCCCCAAAAUCGUGAUAUAUUCUCGUGUGAAUGUCAACACCUAAAAAUUGAAAUGUUUGUGGCCAUGAGCUAUCCCUCCGAACUUUGACGAUUCGUGAUUUUUCUCUCUUGAAUUACGUAAAGUGCAUUCUAUCAACUGCCAAAGUGAACUCUAACGCAUCAACUGGGCAUCGAGUGGUGAGCGUCGUCACCCGAGAAUAUUCCUGCGCCAAUAAUUCACCGAGAAUCGACAACAUGUGGCAGCAAUCGACAAACAAGUCAGUGGGGAAAGAUGUUUGCAGUGAAAAACAGAGCGAGGAUUCGGGAAUCGUGGACUCGGGCUUUCUCUCGGGGAAUAUUCCAGCCUCGAGUGACCUCAGUGAAGAUAUCACGGGAGAUAUUGACCCCCCAGAGGUGCGGGAAGAGCCGCAGAAGGUGGCAGGAAACAGUGGAAGGGUGGAAGCAUCAAUGAGAGUUGACAGUGGAGUCGAUGUUGGCUUGAGCGAGAGCCUCAGCCAGUUGAGCUUGAAAAAUGUCGAGUUGAAUCGACUUGGGGUGAGACAGAGGUGCGAGAGUGUUCAGCCCGAGCCCGUACUCGAGCCCAUUGUCGUCAAGGUCGAGGAGACACAGCAGAGGCAGCAGGAGGAUCAACACAUCGAGCCUUGGCAGUUGUAUUAUAUUCAGGACAGCGAUGGGGACACUCAACUCCACAUCGCGAUAAUCCAGGGCUUCCUCGAGGCAGCUGCAUUUAGUCUCAUAAAAAUGGUCCCACACCCCUGCCUCCUGGACAUAAUCAACGACGACGGUCAAGCCCCAUUACACCUCGCGGUAUUAACGAGGCAACCGAGGAUCGUCAGACGAUUGAUCCUCGGAGGGGCUAAUCCCUCGUUGAGGGACAGCCGGGGCAACACAGCUCUUCAUCUUGCCUGUGCAGCUAGUGAUCUUUCUGCUGCAAGAGCCCUCACAUAUCCACUAGCUCCUAUCGAGCGUAAUUACUUGGGUUCACAUAAAAAAAUUCCAGCUUUACCACAGAAUCUAGAGCAAGUCAACUAUCAGGGAGAAACUUGUUUACACAUCGCAGCAGCAAAGGAUCAAGUCGACCUAGUUCGUUUAUUACUGAGACUCGGAGCUGAUUUGGAAGCGAGGGAAGGACUAUCCGGCAAAACAGCAUUGCACAUUGCUAUAGAGCACGGAUGUCACUCAGUGGUGUCAUUUCUACUCAAAGAAUGUAGACCCUGUCUAGAUGCCCCCAAUUACGCUGGUCUGACUGCCUAUCAAAUUGCAAUCUGUCUAGACAGCCAGCUCGCAAACGAUCUCGUUAAACUCGGCGCCACACCUGAACCCUUACCCGAGUCGGACUCAGAGGGCAGUGAGGAUUCUGAUGAGGACGAUGUCUAUCUACCGACGCUGUCUAGGCUAGGACCGAGAAUUGGCGUCAGGGCGUAAAUUGACGCACGAAAAAAAAAUUUCAUAGGAAUAAUCAUUUCUAGAGAAUUCGAUAAAAAAUUCUAUUCGAUUUCUAUUGAAAAUUCCAUUAGUUUUUUGGCUGAUUCUGUUGGAGAAUUUCGUAGGUUCACUGCGCGUUUUUUUAAAAGAAUGUCUGAGAGAAAUUAAUUUAUAUAAAAAGUCAGUGGAAUUUUAUCUUUUUAUAGCUUUUCUAUUGAGGUUCUACAGAAAUUCCUCGACGCAAAUUUCCUAAAUUAUUUCCAUCCUAUUUCUAUUCUCUUUUCAAAACAAAAAUACAACAAACAAUUUGAAAAAUUGAAGCGAGAAAUUUCUAUAGAAAAUAUUUC